AUGGCCAAUCAACAACAGCAAAUCGCAGCUCAAUUACGGAGCACCAAAUCUCUCCCCGUCUCUCCACCAUGGCUAGAUAGAUUCGUCUCCUCCUCUACAGCCUCACAACGCAAUGUCCCAAUAUCCGCCUUGACCCAAACCGCCCUCUUCCGCGUCUUAGCCUCCGACUUCAGAGAAAGCCUCACAACAACCAACCAAUCUUCCCUACUCCCCGUCGACAUUUUCGAUCCCAGCGUCAAGGAACGACGAAUCCAAGGUCCAAUCCCCGUUCAAAUUCUCGACAUCGAAGACAUCGGCACUAGUUUAUGGGGGCAGGUUGAGGCGAUCGAGCGCGUCGAACGCGGAGAGGCCAUUCGAGGACGCGAAAUCGUGCGAACCGUCAACGUGGGCGAAGACAGCGAGGAACGGGCGAAUAAUAACAAUGCUGCGAUUUCGGGGCUACACAGUGUUGGAAGUAAUAGUAAUGGGCCUCAUCGGUUGAUUUUCCAGGAUGCGGCGGGUACUAGGGCUGUGGCUAUUGAGAUCACGCGCGUCAAGGAAAUUGCCUUGGAUAAACUGCCUAUCGGGGCGAAGCUGCUGCUACGGAAUGCAACAGUCGCACGAGGUAUGGUGUUGUUAUCACCCGACUGUGUCACUGUCCUGGGAGGGAAAAUUGAAGCUAUGGAUAAAGCGUGGAAAGACGGCAGAAAAGCAAGGUUGUUGGCGAGGAUUGCGGAAAUGGAUGGCGCGCAGCAAAACAGAAAUGGAGAUGCAAUGGAAGAAUGA